CUGGGGGUGGUUGUCAAUUAGCAGAGGAAAAGGUGUUGGUGGAAAGGGAAGGGGUGGAGUAGUUUUGAGGUUUAGGAAUAAAUAAUUUAAUACGUAUGGAGUUUACGGAGGAAGGUGAGCAGGGGAAAUUUUUUGGACCAUUAUCUUUCACGGAAGUGGACUUAGAACACUACAUUCAUACUUUAGAUGUGGAUGAGUUAUUGCCAUGUAUCCUGUGUGAAGAUAAAUUUGUUCUACCAAGUAAAAACAAAGAAUUUAUAGAACACUUAUAUGAUUGUCACAGAUUACUCAUAUCUGAUCUACACCACAUUGUGGAUUUGAAAAGUUACUUCAGAUACUGGAAAGACCGAUUUGCAUCUCUGCCUGUAACUGAUGUGUGUCAUGUGAUAGAACAACAGUUUUCGUCUCAUGGUUCUUAUGUAUUGGGAGCAUUUGUAGAGGAGGACAAAGCCUUGAGAGAGAAACUACAGCGUAAGCGGUUGGAAGCAGUUUUGGCGUGCCAAGACAGAGAAAGGCAAGAUAAAACAUUUUCAAGAGAAUGUUUACUAUGUAAAACGCACCUGACUGGCACAAGAGCAAAUUACUUUGAUCACCUGGCCACCAUUCAUAAUUUAAAAAUUGGACAUCCUGACAAUUUAGUAUUCACGGAUGAAUUAAUUGACAAAUUGCAAAAAACGCUAGAGAGGCUGCAGUGCUUGUACUGUGAAAAGUAUUUUAAAAAACGUGAAUCAUUAAAGGAGCAUAUGCGCAAAAAGCAACACAAAAGCAUAAACCCAGACAAUAAGUGUUAUGACAAAUUUUACGUUGUAAAUUACUUGGAACUUGGCAGGAAUUGGCGCGACAUACAGGCAGAAAAAGAUUCCUCCAGUAGUUACAGUGAGAGUGACAGUGAAGAAGAAAAAAUAGAAACUGAAAAGAUGGCUUCUGGAAUGCCAUUUGAUGCAACUGGUACUGUUACAUGCCUGUUUUGCAAUGAAAUAAGUGCAUCAUUUGAAGAUGCCUUAGAACAUAUGGAUUCAGCUCAUGAAUUUGAUUACAGUCAGAUUGUUGAAGACAACCACUUAUCAUUUUAUGAACAGGUAAAACUUGUCAACUACAUCAGACAUCAGAUGUAUGCCCUAAUAUGUAUGAAGUGCCAUAAACUCUUUCAAGAUCGUGGAGAUCUGUUAAACCAUAUGACCAAAGAAAGACAUUUUAUGCUUCCAAGGAAAGAAGUGUGGAACCAACCAGAGUAUUAUUUCCCAACCUACGAAAAUGACAAUUUCCUCUGCAAUCUCGAUGCUGAUGAAGGUAUUACUAAGAAAAUGAAAACGUGUUCUACUCAUGAUUGAACUGGAGGAUCCAAAAGAGGAUGCAUGCCAUUCCAGACACAUUCUUCACCUCACUCAAUAGUGGAAAAAUUGUUUGGGUUUCAUUUGUGUCUAUGCCCUGGGAGCUUUUUUAACAUGUUUUUUUAAAUAUUUUUUAUACUUUUUUUAAUAGUGAUGAAAUAUGUUCCAAGUAUCACAUACUUUCUAACUGCAGUACAUAGCAACCUUGUGAAAAAAAAUCAUUGUUAUAUAAUAUAACAAGCAUCCCUUUGUAAUGUAUUUAGAUAUUAAGGCCAUUAGCUAUCUCAUGAGUUGAUUUCACAAAUUUUAAUUUUUCAACAGAGUAUGAAGUUAAUACAAACAAGACGUGUUUUGUAAUUCACAUGGUAUAAAUUAUUUAAAUGUUUCAGAGUUAUUUUAGUUUCAUGUACUUUACCAUUCUUUUUUGUAUAUUUUAAUAAGCUGCUAACAUUCCAUCCUCUGUGAAACUGUAUCAAGGAAAGAAAGAAAAAGAAACAAUGGAUUUUAGACAUAUCCUUUCAUCUUGGAACAUGAUCUUUCAGUCUGCAUGUGGGACCAUAUGGGCACAUGGCAACUGAAAGGAAAAUCUUAUCCUAUGGCGGAAACAGAUGAACUGGAUUAAGACUUUGGAAAGCUUUUAUUUUUUUGUAGGGGUGUUUGAUAUUGAAAGUGUUCUAUCGAGUAUUCUGAAGACUAUGAGAAAGUUUUUUUACAACAUAAAAAUACUUUAGGAUUAAUGGAGAUCAUGCAUCAAUAAGCAGAAGUGCUGAGUUGUCAGUAGGCACACACAAAAGGAAGAGAACUUGUAGCUUUGCUUUUGGAGUUACCCUUUGACAACAGGAGAUGACAACAGGAGACACACACACACACACACACACACACACACACACACACACACACACACACACCUCCCUAAAUGGUACCAGCUAGACUGACAGUCCCAAUGCUGUUUUGUGGGAGGUGGACUGGUCUGUGUGGGGUUAUUGUCAGGUGGGGUGGCUAGAGGGAAAGAGCAACCCUCUCCCUCUAUGCACCCCACCCCACCCACUUCUGCAUCUUAGUGAGUGAUCUCCUUUAAUCCCAAAGUAUUCAAAUUCUACAAAAACUUCCCUACCAAAUUUUUACAGUGUGUGCAAUUUAAUCUCUCUUUCAUAAGAGUGUCUCAAAAUACAAUAAAUUUUGUAUUUGCUAGACACUGUUGUACCUGUGGCAAUUGGUCUACAACAUAAGUAAUGAAAUUAUCACUGAGAUGACAUGGGGCCGAAAACAGCCAGUAAAAAAAGAAAAAAAAAUCCUACCCUAUGACAGAAAUAGUUGAAUUCAAUUCAGAUUUUUGAAAGGUUUUCUUCUUUUGUAAAAGUGUUUGAUAUUGAAAGUGCUCUAUCCAGUAUUCUGAAGACUGUGAGAAACAAUUUCACAAUGUACAAAUACUAUGGUAUCAAAGGAGACCAUUCAACAAAAAGCAGAAGCGUUGAGCUGUCAAUAGACACACACAAAAGGAAGAAAUCUUCUAGCUUUUGGAGUUAUCCUUUGACAGCCUAAAGGAAAAUAUGCACACACUCCUACACACGCCUACACUCCUAAAUGGUGCUGGUUAGAGUGACAGUGCCAAUGCUAUUUUGCGGCAGGUGGAUUGGUUGUGGUGGGCGGUAGUGUCAGGUGGGGUGGGUAGAAGGAGAGUGUGUCCCGCCUCCCUCUCCCUCUACGGAACCCACCCCACUGCAUCUGCUUUUUGGUGAGUGGUCUCCUUUAAUCCUAAAGUAUUUAAUUUCUACAAGAACUUUCCUACCAAAUUUUUACAAUGUGUGCAAUUUAAUCUCUCUUUCAUAAGAAUGUCUCAAAAUACAAUAAAUUUUGUAUUUGCUAGACACUGUUGUACCUGUGGCAAUUGGUCUAGAACGUAAGUAAUGAAAUUAUCACUGAGAUGACAUGGGGCCGAAAACAGCCAGUAAAAAAAGAAAAAAAUCCUACCCUAUGACGGAAAUAGUUGAAUUCAAUUCAGAUUUUUGAAAGGUUUUAUUCUUUUGUAGAAGUGUUUGAUAUUGAAAGUGCUCCAUCCAAUAUUCUGGAGACUGUGAGAAACAGUUUCACAAUGUAGAAAUACUAUGGGAUGAAAGGAGACCAUGAAGUGUUGAGCUGUCAAUAGACACACACAAAAGGAAGAAAACUUCUAGCUUUUGGAGUUAUCCUUUGACAGCCUAAAGGAAAAUACGCACACAUGCCUACAGUCCUAAAUGGUGCCAGUUAGAGUGACAGUGCCAAUGCUCUUUUGUGGCAGGUGGACUGGUUGUGUUGGGCAGUAGUGUCAGGUGGGGUGGGUAGAAGGAGAGUGUGUCCCGCCUCCCUCUCCCUCUACGGAACCCACCCCACUGCUUCUGCUUUUUGGUGAGUAGUCUCCUUUAAUCCUAAAGUAUUCAAAUUCUACAAAAACUUUCCUACAAAAUUUUUACAAUGUGUGCAAUUUAAUCUCUUUCAUAAGAGUGUCUCAAAAUACAAUAAAUUUUGUAUUUGCUAGACACUGUUGUACCUGUGGCAAUUGGUCUACAACAUAAGUAAUGAAAUUAUCACUGAGAUGACAUGGGGCCGAAAACAGCCAGUAAAAAAAGAAAAAAAAAUCCUACCCUAUGACGGAAAUAGUUGAAUUCAAUUCAGAUUUUUGAAAGGUUUUAUUCUUUUGUAGAAGUCUUUGAUAUUGAAAGUGCUCUAUCCAGUAUUCUGAAGACUGUGAGAAACAAUUUCACAACGUGCAAAUACUAUGGGAUGAAAGGAGACCAUUCAACAAAAAGCUGUCAAUAGACACACACAAAAGGAAGAAAACUUUUAGCUUCUGGUGUUAUCCUUUGACAGCCUAAAGAAAAAUACACACACACACACACACACACACACACACACACACACCUACACUCUUGAAUGGUGCCGGUUAGAGUGACAGUGUCAGUGCUAUUUUGCGGCAGGUGGACUGGUUGUGGUGGGCGGUAGUGUCAGGUGGGGUGGGUAGAAGGAGAGUGUGUCCCACCUACCUCUCCCUCUACAGAACCCACCCCACUGCUUCUACUUUUUGGUGAGUGGUCUCCUUUAAUCGCAAAGUAUUUACAUAGUUCGAAUGAGAUGCACUCCCACUUCCAUUGCCAUGCCAGUUCAUGUACCUGCAUCAUCUCCCCACCCCCCCUCUCAAUCCCUCACUCCCCCCCCCCCCUCCUCUCUCUCUCUCUCUCUCUCUCUCUCUCUCUCUCUCUCUCUCUCUCUCUCCAACACACUUUCUAUUGUCUCCUAAUUUAGUUUUAAGCCUUUUGUUUUAUGCAGCGAUAUUGCUGCCAAAGUCAUUGUACAAAUAUGUAUUGCUUUAAUUUUGUUACGUUUACAUCGUUCCAGUUUUGUAAUGGUGUCAGUGAUUGUGAAUAACUGUUCCGAAUCUCUCAUUACUUAGACAAAACAUAAACAUAACAUCAGCUGUGUUGCUCUGAAAGUGAUAAAAGUACAGUCUUGAACUAUGUGAUAGGUAUGCUGGAAAUUUGUGCUUCAAAACUUUGAGGAGAUAUUUAUCCCAACAUAAGCAAAUCAGUAGUAUUAAGUGGCAAGUACUUUCUGACACAGCCUUUUGUGUUUUCAAAGACAGUAAGUUGUGCAGAAUGGCAAUUUUGAAAUUUCAGUACCAGAAAGUCUCUUUUUGUCAAAUUAUAAGUAGAUAGUUACAUAUAUGUUGUUUUGACUUGUAUUCCCGCACAAAAUACUUGUUGGAAGACUAUUGCCUACUGCCAUCUUUUUCCUUUCCAUGGACAAACCAUUUUCACGGCUGUUACAAUAAAGCUUUAAUGUAAAGCACUGUGGAGCAUAUAUUUUAGUGUUAAUGUAAUUAUGAAAAUUUAUGUAAAAAUAUUUUUCUGUCAUUAAUUUUCACAAGCCUGUAUGUCCAGUGAAGUAAAGAAUAAAUGUUUUGUGUGGAUGAUA